AUGAGUUGGAAGAGCUCCAGUCAGCUGCACAAAUCAGCCGCUACGCACAGUGGUGCUGCCGGGUUUGAGGUGCUAUGCUUCUCCUCACGUCGCCGUCGACGUUGCUACUGCAAACAAUCGUCAGUCACGCUACUUCAGCUGCAAAAAUCAGGUUCUCCAAUAUACCUGGUGAGCUCGUUACCCGAAACCGAGAGGUAUUCAAGGUUGGGAAAGGUGCCGAAGACGAUGAUUUGGAAGAGCUCCGGGCCUGCUUUGAGUUGGGGUGCAAGUUCGAUUCGCCUGAUUUUGGAUUCAAAAUUGCCAUCUGCUUUUCCAGCUUUAGGUGGUGGUGCAGGCGAUGGUUGUGGCGAUCUGAGCUCCGACGAGGUGGCUCUCGUGCUUUCAGGGCCAAUUGAGAACCAACGGCAUCCUCGCUUUCUCGGUGGCUUGUCGCGCUAUCAAUUCAUAAACCCUCUGCGAGAAACCACCGUCACCACGCCGCCUCGCCAGCACCACCGUCACCACGCCGCCAGGACAAUCAUAAGCGAACAAGGAUUUUGGGAAGAGGGGAGUUUUGUUCGAGAGAGCAAAUAUAAAGGUGCUUACGAUCAUCGGAUUUUUCGCAUCAGAAGGGAAAAUGAGGGUCAAUUUUGUCUAUUAUCAAGGCAAUAUUUAUUUGAGCAAUUGAGAGCUGCCAUCGCCAAAACCUACUAUGAGAACCUCGGCAUAGAAGAAGAUGAUAUAUUUGUAUCAGAUGGUGCAAAAAGUGACAUAUCUCGCCUUCAGAAAUUUUAUAGAAUUGGUAUGCUUUUGAUGGUUGUUGAUGCCUUGGACGAAAUCUUUUGGAGAGAUUUCAUCAUGCCAUCUGGAAUGAUGAACCCACCCACAUGGUAA